AAGAUGAAAUAGAAAACAUUUCCGCAACAAAUGGAGCACGAAGUGAAUGAGGGUUUCUGACAAAGGGAUUCUCACUGCUCAUGCAAACUGCAAAGAGCCAAAAUGAGAAGAGAGCAUCCAUCCAAAGGACAAAUGAGAAAGAGAGAUAAUAAUAGAUGGAAGGAAGCAAAGCCACUUUCCCAUUUACUACAUCAUUGUUGUACCUUCAAGCAUCAUAAAUCUCACUUACCCGUUCUUAAAUUCUUCAACUCUUAAUCCCAAAAAUCUGUAUUCCCUCUUCUUCUUUUUCUUCUCAUUUCCUGAUCAGGGUAACAUAAGGGUUUUCAAAUGGAGAAGGUGAUGGAGGAGCUGAAGGAUGGUGAGAGGAAGCAAAGGGAUCUACGCAAGAGACUCGAGGAAAUGCAUUCACAGGCUUCGUCGGUGCUCGAUUUUCCCCUCGACUGGAAGGAUUUGGAGCUUCAUUACGAGUCCAUUAAUGAAGAACUGGUCAAGCAAGCAGCAGAGAUUGCCUUUCAAGAAAAGGAAAUUGUGGAAGCUAGGGAUAGGGUAGUGGUUGAUCUCAGAGCUGUUGAAGGGUUCUUUAAACAGUGCAAGCAGAAAGAAAGCGAACUGGGUUCCCUUCAGAUGGAGCUUUCCAGGGCUCAAUCCGAGCUUCUGUUUACAAAAGAGCAGCUGGGUGUUGUGGUGAAAGAGAUUCAGGUAAAGGAGAAGAAGUUAGGGGUUGUGGAGCAAAGAGUGGUGGAGUGUGGUAAGGCUCUUGAAGGGAAAGAGGAGUUAGGGUUUGCGAAAAUGAGUUUGGAUCAGCUUCGUGUGGAGGUUGAAGGAACAGAGCAACAAUAUGGAAAAGUAAAGCAGUUGGUCGAGAAAGAAACCAAAGAGCUGGAGUCUAGAAACAAGCAAGUGGAAGAAGUGGAGAGAUUGCUUUCAGAUUGUAGUUCUCAGCUUCAGUUGAAGAAGACGGAAUUGGAAAAUGUAAAGGAAUCAAUCAGAAACUGGAAUACUGAAUCCAAGUCGAAGGAAAACCAGUUGGCUGAACUGGAAAAGAGGACCACGGACUGUAUAGUGGAGCUUAAGUUGAGACAGAACGAAUUGGAUAUGAAGAAUGAAGACCUCGAAAGAGCCAGGAACUUGGUUAAGAAGCAAAACUACGAGUUUCUCUCAAAGAAAACCUCUCUCGAUUCAAUGGAAGAGUUGAUCAAAAAAUUUGAGGAGGACUUCGCAAGAAAAGAAUUCGAGUACAAGGAGAUGAUCAAGGAGAAAGAGCAAAGAUUAGUAUCGCUUGAAGAAUCAAUCAGGAAAAGCUCACACAGUAAAGAGAAAGUGGAAGACUGCGUUAUGAAGAAGAAUAUUGAGGCGAAACAGGCAAGGCUGAGUUUUGUUCAAGCCGCCAUGGAAGCUAAAAAGAGGGAGCUUCAGCUGAAAGAAAAGCUGGAUUCAAGGCAGAAGCUGCUUCAAGAACGAGAGCAGCAGCUAAAUAGUAGCAUUGGUCAUUCGCAGAGGAAUAAGGCGCCGUCACGAAAUACUAGGUCUGCGCAGGAGAAGGAGCAGCAACACAACUGGCCAUGGCAAGUUGGAAACUUUUCCCGUCAAGAACAAGGGAACAAGAGACCUAGAAACAAGGAUUGAAAAACCGUAGCUGACUUUUCCGCUACAACCUCCAGUAAAAGUUAACUUGGGCGGUUAAUAGGGAAGCCAUUUGACACCAAAGUUCAAUCCUUUUUCCGUAUAUAAAUGCCCCUUCAAGUUUCUUGCUGUAACCUACAAAUAGUAACGUGAUUUGCUAGUGUUCAUGGUCAACUGGUGAAUGAUGCUAAUCUAUAUUCACUCUGUACGCAAGGCAUCGUUUCAACGUUAGAUUGUCACAAGUGGACAAUCCCAAUUUACCAUUAAUAAUAUCCUGAGUAAUAC